AUGGCGAACAUGAUUAUACCCAAAUCGCAACAAGCGGAGUUUAUCCGCGCAGAGUCUGAGCUUGUGAUAGAGCAGGCGCGGAAGGACAAGGCGGAGAAGUACGCGAAGCUUGGAGAUCCCAUAGAGUUGAAGGGCAUUGCGAUUGAUUUACAUAUACGUGGCGAUUACGCGUGGACGGCGGAGAAUAGUCAUGUCGCGAGGAAGGUUGAUCUAGAGACAGGCAAGACGGAGAAACUAUACAAAGGCCACGGCGGACCGGUCACUUCGCUUGCGUUCUGCGAUCUGGAACCUGGCUCCCGCGAUGAAGGCAUUCUAUUGACAGGUUCGUGGGACAAGACCAUCAAGGCCUGGAAUACGGAGACCGGCGAACUCCUCUCGACGACUCUUGCACACGAAGACUUUGUGAAGUCGCUGCAUGCCAUCCCGUCCAAAAACCUUCUCGUGUCUGGAAGUUCGGAUAAGGCUGUACGCUUUUGGGAUCUCUCAUCGGCGUCUUCGUCGUCGCCUCUCAAAGCGGUUGGCUCGUUAUCAUCUCACCGCCGACCCGUCGAGGCCCUUGCUUCGCAUGUUGCGCCCAACGGCGACGUAAUCCUAUUCACAUCUGACAGCGCGGGACUCAUCAAUGCCUGGUCUCUGCGAUACGAAGGAGACAUCUGGCGUGCAACACUUUUGCCUGAUGGAGAAAUGCGGCAUCAUCGUACGGGAGUGACGGAGAUGGCGUAUGGAGAUGGGCAUCUGUGGUCUUCGAGCUCGGAUGAGACCGUACAGGUAGUGCGCUAUCCUCUUCCGGUACCGCCCCCCGUUACCAAGAAAGCCAAACCAAUACCUCCAAUUACUCUUCCGACGCAAUCAAAAGCACUCCUUCCUCUUCCGCUCGUGCCCUCCCUUUCGGCCGACGCCGAUGCGUUCCCGUAUCUUCUAGCUGCGUCUGGCGAUGCCAUUCGAGUAUACGACAUUAGUGAACCCGACACCCCGGAACUAUUGAGAGAGGUCGAGGGGCAUUGGCAUGAUGUCACACGUAUGCGGGUGUGGCUCAGAAACGAGGGGGGCAAAGGGAAGAGCGUCUGGAUUGUCAGUGCUGGACUUGACAGGACGCUGAGGAGAUGGAAACUCUCUGACAUUGUGGUACCAGUCCCCAAGACCGUAGAGGCAGUCCCCCCACCCGCAGCUGCGAAAGCGGAGAACGGACUGACAGAAGAGGAGGAACGGGAGCUCGCGGAACUUAUGGGCGACGAUGACUGA